GUGAUGCUUCUCAGCCUGCUUCCAGAUGGUGUGUCCAUGUUUGACGUCAUCGGGCUUCCUGACGGAAUAGUAGACACCAGCGACGACGACGAGCGCCCACGAGAGCAGGGAGAGAAUCUGUCUCCAGGUCUUCUUCAGAGAGUAUGGUCACCGGUUGCCAAGUAUGCAUACCUUGGACUCAAACGCCCAAAAGAAAUCCUGCGUGCCACAGUCCAAAGGGCAGAAGGGGAAGUCCAGAGCAAGAUGAAUUGUGAUUACUCGAGCGAAGACUGCAAUUUUAUAGGGGGUGAGGUGGGGGAUGAAGGCGCUGAGUUGCGAGGAGGGGAUUCCUCCGUCCAUGUCGUAACUCAACUUCAGCCCUUCCAAUCACGCCGCUCGCUCCUUCCACGCCUCCCCGCAUUGAAUGGUCUGACCCGGCCAGCCUCGGGUGUGUCGAUCAUGGACUGGAAACUCAAGACGACCAGAGUAUGGCAGAGGGGAGCUGCUGAAGUAGAACAGAUCUCAACGCCAUCUCUACUGGAUAUCAGAAACAAGUGA